AAAAUAAGACAUGCCAUACUUGACACAGGAACACAUGCUUUUCCAUUAGCAUUCAUUAUUUGUGGUCACAGUCAGACAGAUAAAGAUUGACACUGAUAACUGCCCGAGGAGAGUAGCUGUGCACCAGCCUGCACUUCACUUGCUGCUUUGAUAACACUACGAUGUGAGUGGAAGAGCCACACAAGGGAGCCUGAUUUCUCUUCCUGGAGUUCUAGAUGAAAUGCAGCAGCAGGCUCUGAGACUGAGCAAGGAAGAAGCCAGAUGAAUUGAAGGAUGGAAUGUGAUUUUCUGGACACACAAAACUUCCCUGAAAUAUCUGGGAGAUACAAUACAUGGCCAUUUCCUGUGUGGAAAACUGCGUGCAACUGUGUGUUUGAGUGAGAGAUUGUAUUUGGAGGUGAUGCUACCCACUGCAUGGCUGAUAAGCAGGGGUUGGAAGGGAGCUCUGGAGAUCAUCUAGUCCAAUUCAUCUUCUAAAGCAGAUUUCCUACAAGAGGUUGCACAGCUGUAUGUGAAAAUCUGGAGCGAGGGUUAUCCAGCCAAAUUUCAUCAUCUGCCAGACUGUGAUGAGCACAGUGCAGGAGAAGAUGUGAUGAAUCCUGCAGCAUUAAAGAAGAUGAUCCAUCAUGGCAAGGGCAUUGGAGAGUCUUUCUUUGUAAAAGUUCAAGUUGAGUUUGGCAACCUGAAGAAACUUGAAUGGUUUAAUGAAGCCUACAACUUGUUUUCCAAGUAAUGGCCUGGACUUGGAUUCUGUAUUUCCCUCCUCGGAAGUGGUGGUGAUCUUCUAGAAAAGUCUCAUCCUACCUCAGCUCUGGAAAUGUUUUGAUUCAGCCUUCUCCUGAGGGGCAGAGGAACACGGAGGACGAUCUGAAUUUGUUUAAGGUGCUAGCUGUUAUCCAAGACCAGUAAGGACCUGAUGGCAGCAAGAAUGUCAAGAUACAUAUAGCCAUGCAGAGUGUUCCACAUCAUAACAUCAUGUGGGGCACUGGGAGUUUAACUGUUAAUGCUCAAGUUCUGGUGACCUGCCUGGAAGAGAAGAGCAACUACAUUCCCCAGGGGACUUUGCGGUCACAGAGAGGAGAUAGAACUCCUAGCAAGGUCACUUGAUGGACUCUUCUUCAUCCGCUCUUCUUCAUCGUCUCUCCUCCCGUCUCCCUGCUGCUCAACUGAACUGCGCAUCUCACAUCAAUGCUAUGGGUGAAAUCCAUUAAAACUGGCAGAAGAGCUAGCUCCAUAUCUACAGUCAACAAAGCCAAACAGAAAUAUGAAGCAGAGAAAAAAGGAGAGAAUGUAUGCAGCUGCGUGGCAUCGAGUCCAGCUCAGAACUUGCCUGCCCAUCAGACCAGCUUGAUCAAAGUCAACACUCAGAGCUCCAUACUACACAGCUUUCCUGUUUAGAAAUUCUCCAAAACAUCUUGGUGUUGAUUUUGUCUGGCAGAAAUUGUUUUAGCAAUGCUUUCUCACAAUGAAGGCAGCUGCCAGAGUUCCUACCAAGGUAUCAUAGGCAAGGGAAGAACAUUUAUGGAAGCGCUGGACUUUGAAGGUUGACUCUGCAAAGGUUAACUGUCUGGACAGCUGUGAGUCAAGCCUUCAAGCCAUGCUGCUUUAUCUGAUUGGUCUCAGACUUGAUCUGGCACAUGAAAGGAAAUGUGAGGAAGUUUCAAGCAGGGAUCAUUUUGCAAGUCCAGAGCUGAGGUGUCUCUACUGUAAGUGGAUUCGUGCACCUUCCCUGGAAUGAAAUAAGGUCUUCUGAAAAUGUUCCAUCUGGAAGGAAGCAGGAAAGAUCCAGCACCUUCCCUUCUACCUGGCUUAUGAUGGGCCUUGUUUUGGGAUAUACAGUUCUCACUCUUUUUACAAGUUUUAAAAUGCAGCUGGGCUAUAGGAAGGGCCCCUUCAAACUCCCUGAAGAUGUUCCCAGGCUAAAAUCAAUGUUAUGUCCUUCAGACCUCAAAAACAUAGAGUUAUGUAAGUACAUGCAGAUCUUCCUGUGUUAAAGUUGUUGCACUGCCUGUGCUAAAACAGUCUGAGGUAGGAUGAGGUGUAAUGUGGAUUGCAGCUGUUCACAUUAAGACUGAUUGAGUAAACAUCCUCGGCUUAGGUUUCUGUUUUGUUGUUCUGUUGUCUUGAUUUAUUUCUGUUUUGGCUUAGGUUGUGUUGAUCUUCCUCAUCAGGGCAAGGUUUCCAGGGUAAGGUGACUGGUUAGGCUUUUCACACCCAAACUUAUGUCUGUAUUUGUCCUUGUGUGCUUGGCUGAACUUGUAAGUCUCACAGCUAGUAUCGAGUUAGGGUGUGCAAGGGCCAAUUAAUAGAAAAUACAAAGAAAUAGCUCAUCUAUACUGAGCACGGGUGAUAAACAAGAACAGCUAAAUGACAGCCAAAUACAAGAAAGAAGACAGGUUUGGCAAUCAGUGCAAUCAACAGAACAAGCUUAUUUGCAGAGGAAAGAAGUGUAAUGGUUUCAGAUCUUCUAAAAAAAGCAUUUCCUUUAAAAAAGUAGAAAGAAAAGCAAUGUGAUGCUGAUGAUUUGAAACAUGUUUAUGCAGUAUAUAAUAACCUAAAACUGAAUGUGAGGCGAAAGCAAAACAAAGUACCUCAAGAAGAGUUGUUUCACUUAAAUUUUUCCUCCUUCCUCACAGGGUUUUGAAAAAUCUCGGUGAGAUCUGUGUGUUCAAAGCCUGAGCCUCCAGCCCUCGGACUGGGACUGCAAUGCUGCAGUCUCUGCAGCCAUCUUGUGGGGAUUCUGGGCAUGUUCACUGUUCAGUGACUUGCUGCUAACAGCCAGCUUGCAAGUUCUAUUUCCUCACCUCGGCAAAUUGUGGCUGAGUCAGAAUGAACAGAGUCUUGUGGCGUGCCAUUUCUCCCCCUAAUCACCCCAGGGAUGCACUGCUCUGGAGCUGCGUGCAAUUUCCAGGCCUCAGCCCUGCACAGGACCCCAUGAGCUGCCAUGGGCUGACCAGGAAGAGUUUGGUGCUGUGGAGCUGAAAGCCUGUGGCAUGAUGAAUCCUCAGCUUCAUAGAAAGCUCCAUACACUGUUUUGUUGCAGAGCUGUUGUCAGAGUCACUGCAGGCUUCCUUAAGGAGCUUUGGAAGGACAACUACUUAACAGCUUUAAUAGCAUUACAGACAGGCUGAAAGGCAGUCCAUUUUAUGCUUCCAUCAACUAGAUGCCUUCUGUUUUCCCGUUCUCUCUGAUUAUACCCUUACUCUUCCUAUCCUGCCAACUCAACCAGCUAAAUUCAACUUGGGGAUGGUAUUUCCUUUCUUUCCAUAACUGCUUUACUCUCCUCCCCUCCGUUCUUUCUUGGCACUUUGUUCUGCAAACCAGCAAAACAAAGGAUGCUCACUUAGUAGAAAUAGCGUUCAUUUCCCUGAGGGUUUUGUGUAUUCAGCUCAUAGAAAGGCAGAGACCAAAGAAGUUUACUUUGGAAACAGAUUGGUAUUGAUCAACACUAUCAAGGGCAUGUAGGUGCAGAUUAUUCAAUUGAUGAAUUCUUCUCUAAGAAAUAUCAUACAAGGAAUAUCAUUUUUCUUCAAAUUCCUUAAGAGAACCUCCUCAACAUCUCUAGCAAGCUGACCUACUGCUAUUCUCCUUCUUGCCUCUUCUCCUGAGUAGCAGUGAUAGGGUGAGAGGUAAUGGCCUCAAGUUGCACGAGGGGAGGAUCAGGUUGGAUAUUAGAAAGAAUUCAUUCACAGAAAGAGUGAUGCUGCAUUGGCACAGGCUGCCCAGGGAGGUAGUGGGGUCACUGUUCCUGGAGGUGUUUAAGAACUCUGAGAAUGUGACGCUGAGGAAAUGUUAGUGGUAGGUGGAAGGUUGAUCUUAGAUGUCUUUUCUAACUAUAAUGAUUCUAUGAUUUUUGCUGGUGGUGUUCCGAUUUCCAUCCUCAGUUUCAUCUCUUUAUUUCCUUCAAUGAUAGGGAGAGUGGAAAUGGUUUCCUGGUGGUGGCUCAUGCCUUUAUUCUAAAUAUACCCCUUAUUCAUCACUGGGAGAUUCAUGCACUGGAAAUCAAGAUUCUGUGCACAGUCUUGGGAGGCUAUGGCAAAAGACUGCCAUAAGAAUAUCCUGACCAGAAAAUCAUGGAGAGACUCAUUUUGUAUAGCAUUUGACUUGGACCACAUUGAAGGGAAAGACUCAGGAGCAGCAGCAGAUGCAGGAACAUUAAUAAAUUGCUAAUCUGUCCUCAUUAACAAAGAAGUCCUUCCAGAGUGGAUAUUAAGACAAAGAGCUUUUGGCAUUUGUGCAGACUUAAGUGAACAUCUGUUUUUCUGAUGUCGGAAGAUUCAUUGUGCGAUAAUGGAAGCAAAGCCUCAAAGGAAAAUCCUUUUGCUGAUAAAAUGAAGAUUCCCCCGUAUCCAAACAUGCCAAAAUCCCAAUACUUUUAUCCUGUAAGAAAUGAAUUAAGAAAACAUCUCCCCUUGAAAAUGUGACAGUUUUCUGUGCUCCCGUCUAGAAAGGAGGUUACAAACAUUUAAUGCAAAGGCUGUGGGCCUGAUUUAUCAUCUGCUGAAGUCAAGGGCAAAUAUGUGAUUUUGUUCAUUAUAGUACCUUUCGUCUGUUCAGCUCAAUCACAUCAGAACAUUCAAAAGCUCUGUAGCUGUGUCUUUUCCUUUUGAGAAUAAAAAGCUAUUAUGAGAAAAGUUGUUAUGUUGAAAAACUGGUACUAAUGGAAUUAAAUGUCCAGGUUAACCUUAGUAGAAAUGUUUUCAUUGAGAUAACUCAAUUUAAUAUGACAUAAUAGAAUUUUGUAGUAUAUGUUAAAACCCAAAUGAAGAUGUGUAAAAGUAAAGAAUGAAAGUCCCUUAGAGAAACCUGCUUAAAGCUGAUUGUUUGAAAUUGCAAUAACCUUAUAACCCCUUGUUCCUGUGAUGAGAUAAUGAUACAAUUCUGAAGCAGGUGACUUAGUGAUGUAUGCUGCACUCAGAUCCUUCCUACCUGGUGAGAUUUAUUGAAAGCUGACUGCUGAACUCUGUUCUAUGCCUCAUGCUAUCUAUCUGUCUUGGAGAUGUUGAAUGUUAUAAUUACAUUUUGCUUCAUUUCCUGUAUAAUGUAUGUGAAAACUCUUCCAUGGUAGGAAAGUACAAAGUCCAGAUAACAAGACCAUGACAAUGUAUAUGAUUUGAUGGUUGUUGAGAUUGCAGCUAGAACUGCCCAUGACUCAACUACUUCCAAGGUCAACCAACAUAAGUGAGCUCAAGCAGCACGGCACUUUGGAGGCUGUGUAAAACAAAAAUGCUUUGCUAUGUUUAAUCAACAUCAAUCUUAACGCCAUUAUACCUAUAAACUGAGGUGUGUCUAAGGGUCGAGAAAGGAGAAAUGGUGAUCUGGUUGGGUUACGAUGACAUUUAGCCUGUAGCAUGCUGCCUUUGUGUAAAGAUACUAAGAAUGGUUUUGUGCCAGGGCAUAAUGUUCUGAAGUCUCCAAAGCUUUGGUAUUUUGUUUUAUUAUGCUUUCCAAGUUUCCUUUUUGGCAGCGAUACUAGGUGUAUGUAUACGUCGGUUUUUUUAAGUAAUAUAUUUCUUAAUGCCACAUGUGAUUUAUUUUUUUUUUUCCUUAGAAAACUUUUCUAAAUAAAUCAUUAUGCUACCAGUUCCUCUCAUCACCAGCCAGGUCUAAAUUACAUCUAGAGAUAAUAAGCUAGAUUUGUUUCCCAGGCAAAGGAUGUUUUAUGUCUUCAUUAUGUACCGUUGAGAUGGUUUGUGGACUUGGCAUAGGUAGAGUUUCUAAAUCCAGGCUUAAUGUCACAAAGUCUGUAUAUUCUGGCUGCCUUUCCUUGUAUUUUCACCAUAUGCUUCAUUUGCUGAGAAACAGAAAUGGGCCACAAGGCCAUUACAAAUGAGCAUGUUGGCCACUGAAAGCUGUGAGUGAUUUGCAUAUUUUGCUUAUUCUUCCUUUGACAUAAAUCCACCAUAAUGUGGAGAGGGAUGAGCGCUCCCAGCUCUGUUCAUCCUACUGGUUCGUUCUCAUCACCUCUCCUGCAACUCACAGUAAGAACUGUGCUGCUGAAUGGUGGCUGAAUCAAAGAACUGAUCUGCUGAAAGCUACUCUGAGAGGUGGGGGCUGAGACGGGAUUCUCAGAAGAACUAUGAAGAGGUGCUGAAUUGGGAUUUUUCCUUGGGCAGAUGAUUAUCAUUUGCUAGUACAUACAGAAUAUCUAAAAUGACCUUCUAGGUGAUUUGGCAAUAGAAUUAAUAAUAUUCCUUAUGCAAUAAGUUUAAAUUACCUGGAUUUCAUCUUUUUUUUUUUUUUUUUUUUGUGAGCUCUGAUCUCUGAGGGGCCAGGAGAAGGUGCUCCAAAGCCCUUGUGCUUGCUGAAAAACUGCUCUGUUUCAGGUCUCCCUAGUUGAAGAAGGGAAGAGCUUCAUCCCAUUGCAAAGGAAUGCAAAAUUGAACGUUAGAAAUGGUGCAAAACCGUAUUCUAAUGUUUAGAGGACAAUGAAAACCAGAUUGAACUGAAAAAAAAAUUUCUGCAUGCCAAACAUUGACAGUUCUUCAUGUCUUCAUCUCGGGCAAAAUGAGAUAAUCUAAUGGAAAAAUAUGUUUCCCAAAGACUUUUAGAAGCAAUUGGGCAAAUGCAAGGUUUUCAUCUCAAUAAAACAAAACAACAACAAAAAAACCAAACCAACAACCUGACUAUUCAGUUACUUUUUGAACUACUUUUUCACUCUCUCCUGAAAUGUGAUUUCUUUUAAUUAUUAUUAUUAUUUUAAAUGUUCUAAAAUUGUCUUCUGUAUUUUCAGUGACUCCCAAGGUCUGGCUUAUAAUGACUCACGUAAGCCUGGAAAAUAAUUUAGUUACAGUGCUUUCAGAAAGGUCUCUGGUGAAAUGAAUAUGUCUGUAGGAUGCACGUCAUACUCCUGGUUAGACAAAGCUGCACAAAGUACAGAUUCCCUCAUCGAAGGAAUUGCUGCAUUCUACUGCACCUGAAAAAUGGAAAGAAGUGAUUAGCCCUUUAAUGGAGAUACGAAUCGGGGCUGGUAGACGCCCCUUUUGGCUGCUUGCUUUCACUUGAUGGAUGCUCUGACACAGAGAAAGGACAUUAGGGUGUUUCUUCUGUCCUGUGGAUUUGAAGCCAAACAGCGAAGACCAUUCCAAAAGCUAGUGAAUUUAAGUAUACACAGAUAGAGCUCUGGCUUAUCAGUUUAACGGCCUUUGUUCUACAGAUUCACUAUGAAAAAUAAUAACAUGCAGCGCAGAAAAAUUAAAAUUAUUAUGUUCUGUUUUUCUUGGGAAGCUGAUUACCGGAGUCUCUGUUGUGUCUAAGGGCAGUUUGUACAGAAGAUGUUCAGAACGCAGUUGAGAUCAACAAGGUCAAUUCAUGGAAAAAGCUAUAUUGUAAAUAGAACAUGGCGAAGUGAUGUUUCUACCAAUGGUUUUUGCUGUGUUACAUGCCAUGUGCAUGUAACAAAAAGAAGGAAUGAAAAGGGUGGUGCAGAGCACAGCUGCCUGCUUUCACUGAAUUCUGGACCCGGCAUUACUUUACUGUUCUGAGGCUGUUCUGCUUUGUCCCAGGUUUCUGGCAAGGCUUCGGACAAGACACACCUGGGCUCUGGGCUUCACAAGCCUCAUUCUUUCUGGUCCAAGAGUUACCUACAUAGUAAUAAGGCUUGUGACUACUGAGUUGCUGCUGAGUUAUUGAACUAAAUACAUAGAGUACAACAGACAGAACCAUAACAGUGGAAAGUAAGAGUUUUCAGCAAGUAGCAAUAUUUUUUAUUAUCUCAAGGCAGAAGGAAAAAAAAAAGCAGCCCGUGCAAUUUAGCAGAGAGAACUUAAUGUUCUUUCUUGUGAAAGGCUGCAAAUAAAAGUGAGCUACAACACACUGCUGAUUUAUGUAACUGAAAAUCUUGCCACAUUGUGCACAGAAAUAUUAAGGGAAACAAAUUCCAAGUUAGGAAUAAGUGAAUGCUCUCUGUAAACUCAUCCUUAAAGUAAAUGUUGAAAAUUAUGCAGUAAGUAACGAGAUUGAGCUUAUUUAAGGUGCUGCAGAUGUUGACAAAAAGUGAAUUUUUUGGUCGUGUGAGCUUGUCUGAAGGGCUGGUAUUUUGAUCCCUUCAAAAGAGAAGUCUUAAAUCCAGACAUGGUGAAUGCAGGUCAUGCUGAGAGGCGGCCCCGUUGUGCGGGGUCUGUCCUUCAGAAAAGAGCCUGAAGCCCUGCAGGAAACUGCUGUUGCAUUUUCUCUGUUAUCAAAGACCAAAAUACAAACAAUUCUUGCUUUAUGUCAGCAGGAACAUUCGCUCAAACAUAUGAAGCAAUGAUGUCAGUGGAAACAUCACCCAGAGUGGGUAAGCCCGGUGGAAGGAUGGCAUUUGAAGGGAUCCCAUCAUGUUACAAGGGAAACCUGGCUCUGCAGUAAGGACUGCAGCUGGCAAGCCCUUGGAUUCAAUUCCCUUCCUUGCUCCUGGGAAGCUUCCUUAGAAGCAGCCUGGCGGGAGCUGCUGUGCACUGCCACUUUAAGGCAUGCAUGCACUUCCAGGCUCAGGUCCUGCCACCGCUGCAGCACAGGGCGAGAUCUUCUGCUUCGGGGCUCUGGACUGCUCACUGCUCUCUGCUCUGUAACACUUGGCUGCUUCACAGAUGCCCAGCCAGGGGCUCAAGGCUUCCUCCUAGCGUGGCAGAGUCCCACCUGGUGCUGGGGCAGCUGCCACCAUGGAAGCAGCACCGGGUGCUGCUGCAGCAGCAGCAAAGCCUGCAAAGUCCAGCAAGAAGUCUCGGAUGGUGAAGCGGCACACCAACAUCUACACCUACCAGGAGCCGCCCCACAGCAACUCAGAUGAGGAUAUCAGUGAAGAGAAGGCUAACAGCCACGACCCGGAGCAAGUCUUCCAGAACAUCCAGUACCAGAAGGAGGUCAUGUCCAACAUCCGCUGCAGGCCGUGGCCGAUGAGGCAGAAGCUGCGGGCGCUCAGACAGGCAAAGGAGAUUGUGCUGAAGUACGAAGGGAGGCUCACUAGAACCAGAGGUUACCAGGCUGCUGGUGCGGAGCUUUGGAGGAAGUUUCUUCGACUGGCAUAUAAUUUUGUGGUGCUCUUUAUUCCUUGGGAAAUGCGAAUUAAAAAAAUUGAGAGUCAUUUUGGGUCUGGAGUUGCCUCUUACUUCAUUUUCCUUAGAUGGCUGUUUGGAAUCAAUAUUGUACUUACCAUAAUGACAGGAGCAUUUGUAGUCUUACCAGAGCUACUGGCUGGUGCACCGUUCGGCAGCACUGUCAGCAAAACCAUUCGCCCAGAAGACAUGAAAACUGCACAAGACCUGGACACCAUCUGGUCACUUGGGGGCUACCUCCAGUACUCCGUUUUGUUUUAUGGCUACUAUGGCAGAGAAAGGAAGAUUGGGAAAGCAGGAUACCGGCUGCCUCUCGCCUACUUCCUGGUUGGCAUGGCAGUGUUUGCUUACAGCUUCAUCAUCCUCUUAAAAAAAAUGGCGAAGAACUCAAGAAUGAGUUUAGCAAGUGCUUCCGAUGAAAACUACACUUUCUGUUGGAGGCUGUUCUGUGCCUGGGAUUAUUUAAUAGGAAACCCUGAGGCUGCAGAGAGCAAAGCGGCUGCCAUAGUUAACAGCAUUCGGGAAGCUAUAUUGGAAGAGCAGGAAAAGAAGAAAAGCAAAAACCUGGCAGUGACAAUCAGCUUAAGGAUUAUUGCAAACAUCCUCGUGCUUCUCUCGCUCACUGGAAGUAUUUACAUCAUUUACUUUGUCGUGGAUCGAUCCCAAAAGUUAGAGAGCAAGAAGAGGGAACUGACCCUUUGGGAAAAAAAUGAGGUAAGCGUAGUUGUGUCACUGAUUACCAUGAUUGCACCCUCUGCUUUUGAACUCGUGGCAGCUCUAGAGAUGUACCAUCCAAGGACCACUCUUCGCUUUCAGCUUGCAAGAGUUCUUGUUCUCUAUCUGGGAAAUCUCUACAGUUUGAUCAUUGCUCUCCUGGAUAAAGUGAACAGUAUGAGUGACAGUGUUAACAGCAAUUCAAGUAAUUCUAUCCCCUCUUUUGCAACUGGAACUCCUCCUAAAGAAGGCAAUUUAUCUGCAACUAUUUCUGAUGCACAAAUGAACAGCAACAAAUCUCACGCUCAAAGCUUGCCAACCUCUGAUUCGCUGGUUAACAACACAGCUUCCUCUAGCUCUGCCCAGAAUCAGUGCUGGGAGACCUACGUUGGUCAAGAGAUGCUGAAGCUGUCAAUCAUUGACAUGAUAUUCACAGUUGCGAGCAUCCUGCUAAUUGAUUUUUUCCGUGGACUGUGUGUACGAUAUUUAAGUGAUUGCUGGUGCUGGGACCUAGAAAGCAAGUUUCCAGAAUAUGGUGAAUUCAAAAUUGCAGAGAAUGUACUGCAUUUGGUCUACAAUCAAGGAAUGAUCUGGAUGGGAGCCUUCUUUUCACCUUGUUUACCGGCAUUCAAUGUCCUCAAGUUGAUUGGACUCAUGUACCUGAGGAGCUGGGCUGUAUUAACGUGCAAUGUACCACAUCAGCAGGUUUUCAGAGCCUCUCGAUCCAAUAAUUUCUACUUGGCCAUGUUGCUGUUCAUGUUGUUUUUGUGCAUGUUACCAACAAUUUUUGCUAUUGCCCGAUACAAGCCAUCUUUAACCUGUGGUCCUUUCAGUGGACAAGACAAAAUAUAUGAUAUUGUUUCUGAAACAAUUAAAAAUGAUUUUCCUGUGUGGUUCAACUCAGUGGUUACUUACAUCAGCAGUCCUGUGGUGGUCCUCCCUGCGCUCUUACUUCUAUUCAUGCUGAUCUAUUACCUACAAAGUAUUGCAAGAUCAUUGAAAUUCACCAACAAUCAGCUGAGAAUGAAGAUACAAGCAGAAAGAACUGAAGAUAAGAAAAAGGUGGUGCAAAUGGCAGUAGCCAGAUUCCAGAAUCUGGAUGGGAGUGACAAAAGACCAGACCAAGACGGUGGUCUUAUUAGCCAGGAGUCUUCUGUUCGGGCCUCAACCCCACGGAAGAAUGGCAGUGUCUUGAACUUUGAAUCUCCUGUGAGCAAAGGCACCAGAAUACAAACCAUCUCCCAGACUGUGCCCCACACCGUGCCCUCGACUGAUGCAGCAAGACCUGUGAAUGCAACUCCCACAACUUCAGCUUCUUUAACGCCCUCAGUAUCAAGUGUACAGAAAGCAAGAAACGACCAUACCACUAGCAGGUACCCAAGUGUUGUGCAUGGGAGUGCAAGUGAGCUCUGUAAAACAAAGGCCUAUACACCGGUGGCUUUCAAAAAACGUAUUGAGGAUGUUCACUCUGAGCCUCUCUUUAGGAAAAGCAUUCGGCAGGUAAAUCCAGAUGCUUUUGGAGCGGGGGCUCCUGUUUUUGUGGGACGCAGACCACAUGCUACCAGAUACUAUGUUGUUAAUGAAAGUGAACCCCGCAAAAAAUCAGCCCGUUCUACCUCCCGACUCCAAAGGCAAUUCCGAAUAGAAGAGCCAGAAGAUAUUGUUGAGUUGUAUCCGCACAAUAUCAGAAGAUACGUGGUUCAAACACCACAACGCAUGUAUUCUCCUCAUCCCAGUGAAGAUGAGGAGGAUGAAGAGGAACUUGGGAGAUGCUAUAUGAAAAGAUCCCAUCGCCCUCGGUCACUGUCUGACCUUCGCCCAGCACCGCGAUUUUAUAUUGGGGAGCGUGCUGAUGGCCAUGUUCUUACGAGCAAAGACCUAGCCAAAGUGCAUUACAAAUCCUGGGAUGAUGGUUUUGAGCCAGACCUGGACAGACCUCCAUAUGCCUACAAAAAAGUGCACCUGAAAAAUGUUGAUCAGCACUAUCUUGAGCCACAUGUGAAACCUAAAAUGAAGCAUAUACUGGAGCAGUCUCUAACAGAAUCUGAUUCAGUUUCUAUUGAAUCGAGCAGUGAUCCGCAGAACAGCAGCAAUGACCAAUACAUCCAGGUCAUUCAUAGCAAGGAAAAGUACCUGAAACCUGGGACAAAACUCACCAAAAAGAAGUCAAAAAACAAUACUGAACUAAACAUGUCUGAGCCUAAUGAACUGGUAUGCUCAAAUGUCUGAGAAAGUGCCCCAACUUUUUGUGUUUAGAACAGGUUUGUGCAGUCAUUGUACUUGCUGUUUGAGGUCUAUUAGAAUAACUACCACAGUCAGCCAUUCAAGGUGGGAAAAGCAUAGUUAGUCCUGUGUUUUACUGUUAACUGUACCUCGCUUCGACAUCAUUCGCCUUUAUUACAUGUUAUGCUGUUUAAAAAAAAAAAAACAAAAAACUAUUGGAAAAUCAAAAGCAGUGUACUUGGAGCACUUGAAUUAAAC